GUAAUCAAAGCUUUAAAAAUCAAGCCUAGAGCACCGGACAAAGUGAUUUUCCAGCUCCUACCAUGGGACAGGGUCUGAGCUUUCCAAAAUCGUGGCCUCAAUUGAACCCCGGAUUUUUUGGGGACAGCUCCUAAUGACCACGCUAUUCAUCGUCCACACGCGACUCUAUCUUCUUCUAUCUAUCUUCUUCUAUCUACCUUCACUUUUCCAAUCCUUAACAAUCGCGUAAAGGAAACGUUCUUUGUCUUCUAGUUUAUUCUCCAGCCGUCUCUAAUUUUCGCAAUGUCUUCUCCUCGCGCAGCUUCUCCCGUCAACUCGCCGGCCGCUACUGGCUCGAGCACCGGCCGUCCCUCCUCUCCUGCUCCUCCCGGAGGUGCCCGAACUGCCAUCCGACGAAGGGCCGCUGCCGACCAGAAGGAAAAGAUUGCAAAUGCGCGACCGAGCAGCACUCGCGCCGCUGGUGCGGGUGGUAGCAGCAGCACAAUGCUACGUCUCUACACGGACGAAUCUCCCGGAUUGAAGGUUGAUCCUGUCGUUGUCUUGGUUCUCUCUCUGGUCUUCAUCUUCAGUGUUGUUGCUUUACACGUUAUUGCGAAGAUCACUCGACGAUUCUCAAGCUAGAUGAAUAACGACGGUUAAUUGUGUUAAUGAGGGUGUUGUGUGACCACCGAAGACGGCGCGGUAUGAUCAACUGCGACUCUUCUUUGGAUGCGCAGAGGGCGAUUGACAGGCAGGAAAUAGGCACGGCAGCAGUGAUGUUGAACCAACUUUACUAGUUUAGAGUCAGUGCCCAGAUUCUAGCGGACUAGUCUCAUGUACUAUAUCAAAAUCUGGCAGGAUCGCGGAAAGUUUCUUUGCCUUAACUGAGAUGACAUUACACAGGCGUUGUGCGCAGUUGCUCGCGUUUUAAGAAAAUAUUAUUGCAAGUCAUAACGAG